GAUAUCCCAGUCCCAGUGUAUAUGACUUCUAGUCAAAGUAAAGUAUCUUUGUUAAUAAUUGUAGAAGACAAGUUUAUUUUCACUUCAUGUGUUUCUCUAACUUCCUAACGUAUAUAAGUUGAAACUAAUUUCAUGGGAAUUUUUGGUGGAAACGUAUCUGCAGAAAACAAUUGCCUGUGAUAGUCGGUUUAUUGUAUUACAGAUAGCCUGCUUGUUAAAUACUCUGACUGCAAAAUUUACUUACGCAGUGCUAAUUGUGUACACAGUUUGCUCCCAGGACGAUUCCAUAACUCCAGCCACCAUGAGCUCAUCUGCUGCCAUUGGAGCUAUCAGUGGCUUCAAGGAUAGGCUCCACUCCUUCAGUCCCAUCCAAGAUUGUUAGGUUCAUUUCUCUCCUCCUGCUACUGCGCAUUGGACAGUGAGCGCUUGUUUACGGCAAGCAGCACCGAUCCAGGCCUACUUUUGCUCCUGCUUGCUGUGCUACCUCCGGAGUGCCGGGAGAUGACAGGGUUUCUUGACACGGUAGUUGGCGCAGCAAUAGGAUGGCUGGUGCAAAGCAUCCUUGGGACCUUCUUCACUGAACAGAUUGAAGACUGGAGUCGUGAAAUUGGACUUGCUGAAGAUGUGGAGAAGCUCAAAUUUGAGAUGAGAAAUGUGGAGAUGGUUCUUGCUGCUGCCGAGGGAAGGAGGAUUGAAAACAAGCCUCUGGCACAUUCACUGGAUUUUCUCAGAGAGCUGCUUUAUGACUCGGAAGAUGUGAUGGACGAGCUCAAUUACUACCGACUCCAGCAACUGAUCGAAGAAGGGAAAGGUUGUAGUUCUCCUAGUGAUGUUAAUCCUGAUGGAAGCUAUGCGUCCUCAUCCAGUCCAUCUUCUGCUUUUAAAUUAGUACGCAGUGCCACAAGCCAAAUGACGAGUUGGGCCCCGUUCAGCAGAAAAAGGAAACGUGAAGAGGUUCCAGCUCUAGCUCCUGAGAUUAAACAAGACAUUUCUCACAGAAUCAACAGAAUAGUGAAACAUUUAUGCACUAUUGGCAAUUCUGUGCAGAGAGUUCUUCAGCUUGAGAUCUCGCGCCCCACUGCAACAUCAAGUGAGAGUCAGAAUAUUUGUAGGAAUGUUCGCAUGACAACUUCUGUUCCAAUUGAAUGUAAGGUGUAUGGGAGGGAUGCAGAGAGAGACAAGAUAAUAGAGCUGUUGAUAGAAGGGGGAUCUAGUCAUCUGAAUGUUUUGCCAGUGGUUGGUAUGGGUGGUAUUGGGAAGACGACUCUUGCUAGAUAUGUAUACAAUGAUGAAAGAAUUGUAAAUCAUUUUGAUUUGCAAAUGUGGAUUUGUGUAUCCACGAACUUCGAUGAAAGGAGACUUACACUUGAGAUCUUAGAGCAUGUCUGUAAAGAUAGACAAGAGUACGAAAAUGUAAGCAAUUUCAAUGUACUACAGGGGAUCCUUUUGAAGUACAUCAGAAAGAAAAGAUUUCUGCUCGUAUUGGAUGACAUGUGGGAAGACAAGGACAAGAUUGGAUGGAUUAAACUCUUGGCUCCAUUGAAAGGUAAUCAAGUAAGUGGUUGCAUGAUACUAGCAACAACUAGAAUGAAAUCAGUUGCAGAAAUGAUACGAACGAUGGAUGAAGUCAGAAUGAGUGGCCUGAAUGAAAAUGAGUUUUGGGUGUUAUUCAAGGCAUGUGCAUUUGGUAAUGAGAACCACGAGGGUGAUCCUCGUUUGCAGUCUAUUGGCAAACAGAUUGCUGAAUCACUAAAGGGCUGCCCACUUGCUGCACGAAGUGUUGGUGCACUUUUGAACACAAGUGUUAGCGAUAAGCAUUGGAGGAUAGUUCGGGACAAAUGGAGAUCUCUCCAAGAAGAUGCUGAUGGUAUUUUAUCUGUCUUGAAGCUCAGUUAUGAUUAUCUACCAGUUCACCUUCAACACUGUUUCUCGUACUGCUCUUUGUUUCCAAAGAGCAAACUAUUUGAUGGGAAAGAAUUGGUCCAUGCAUGGAUAUCACAGAAUUUUGUGCAGUGUGAAGACCCUACCAUGAAAUUGGAGGAAAUAGGGCGGCGAUAUUUGGAUAGAUUAGUUGAUUUGGGCUUCUUCCAGAAGUUUGGCUCACGCUAUGUUAUGCAUGAUCUAAUGCAUGAAUUGGCAAGGAAAGUUUCAUCAAACGAGUGUGCUACUAUACAUGGAUUGAAACCUGAGGCAAUUCAACCAUGUGUUCGCCAUCUGUCAAUCAUAACUACUGCUUUUGAUAAAGAUAAACCUGGCAGUUUUCCUCAUGAGAAGUUUGAUCAAAUACUUCAGAAGGUUGGGCCUUCGCAAAAAUUGAGGACUUUGAUGUUGUUUGGGCGAAGCAGCGUAAAUUUAUUUGGGUCCUUACAUACUUUAUGCAGGAAGGCAAAAUGUUUACGAUUCCUAAGAAUUUAUGUGACAGAUGCUGACAUCAGCUCUAUACACAGUUUAUUAAAUCCAUGCCAUCUUCGCUAUCUUGAAUAUAUUCAUGUUGACAUUACAGACAGAUCAUUAUAUAGAGUCUACAACAACACUGUGUUUCCUCAAGCACUGACAAGAUUCUAUCAACUUCAAGUAUUGAAUGUGGGAAUUUCAGGCAAUUUUGUUGUGCCUGCUAAUAUGCAUGAUCUUGUUAAUUUGCGCCAUCUUAUUUCUCAUGAGAAAGUGCAUCAGGCAAUAGCUUGUGUUGGCCACAUGACCUCUCUUCAGGAAUUAAGUUUCAAGGUUCAAAAUGUCGGUAGUUUUGAGAUAAGAGAACUUCAGUCCCUAAAUGAGCUUGUACUACUUGAAAUUUCUCAACUUGAAAACGUGAAGACUAAAGAAGAGGCCAGUAUGGCCAGGCUGUCAGACAAAGAGUAUCUAGAAACAUUGUUGUUGUCAUGGGAGGAUAACAGCACGAGCCGUCAAGCAGAGGCAGCAAAGGAUGUGCUUGAAGUUCUUCAGCCACAUCAGGAUCUCAAAACUCUAGAAAUAACCGGAUAUGGUGGUGCUACCUCCCCAACCUGGCUUUCUAAUAAUUCCUCACUUACCUUGCUGCAGAUACUUCAUCUAGAGAAGUGCAGGGAAUGGCAAAUUCUUCCAACUCCUGAAAUGCUUCCUUUCCUUAGGAAGUUGACAUUGAUCAGAAUGUUGAAUUUAACGGAAAUCUCAGUUCCUUCCUUGGAAGAGCUGAUCUUGAUUGAUAUGCCCAAAUUGGAAAAGUGUAUCGGUUCUUACGGAAUGGAAUUGACUUCCCGUCUAAGGGUUUUGAUGAUCAAAAACUGCCCUCAACUGAACGAGUGCACUCAUUUCCAGAGUUACUCUUCUUUCGACGCAGAGCAGAAGUCAUGGUUUCCGUCUCUCCGCAAACUGUCCAUCGGGAUGUGUCCUCAUAUACUAAACAACUGGCCAGUCCUUCCAUUAAGAGAUAUGGGGGCGCUCAAGGAGCUGGAGUUGAUGGACCUGCAUGUUGUGAGAGAAUUGGCAGUCCCUUCUCUGAAGAAGUUGGUGUUGAUAAAAAUGUCAAGCCUGGAAGUUUGCAGCAGUCUAACGACUUCCCCACCUCUGCAACUUUUACCUUCCCAAGGUGCUCAAAGGGGAUGGCCAUCAAGUCUCCGUAGACUCGUCAAGGGGGUUCGGACCCUUCCAACAAUAAGGAUAAGACAGAGAGGUUUCACUGUCGAAUCUAAUGAGUUGUCCCUGCUUGAUGACAGUAUCCUGGCGUUCAAUAACCUUGGGGGCACAAUAUCAUUGCGCAUAGAAAAUAGUCCAAAUCUUGUAUCUCUUUCAAUUGAAGCUUUCAGCCAGCUCAUUGCUUUAGAGUAUUUAUAUAUACGCAACUGCCCUAAUCUGACCAUGUCAAACACUAUCUCAGAGUUUGUCCAGGAAAACAGUAUGCCUGCAAGCAACAUUGUCCUCCCAUCUCUCAAACAUGUUAACAUUGACACAUGUGGAGUAACAGGGAGGUGGCUAACACAAAUGCUUUCACAUUCACCGUCCCUUGAGAGGUUGCAAUUAACUAACUGUCCGCAGAUAAAGUUUCUAUCAAUCAGUCAACCUACAGAAACGGAAGGAACCAGGAGUUUGGCUUCAACAGCGAUGACCACAGCCCAAGAUGAACAGGAACUAAAACUGCCAUAUAAUCUCCUAUGUUCUCUCAAGACGUUAUGUAUUUCGAAGAGCCUGGACCUGGAGUUCUGCGGGGGUAAGAGAGAGCUCACAGGAUUCACCUCUCUUAGGAAGCUACACCUUGUUGGUUGCCCCAAGCUAGUCUCAUCGUGGAUUGGGGAAACAAAUGAUGAUGGUACCAUGCAUGUUAGUAGAUUGCUCCCGCCAUCACUUGAAGACCUUUGUAUGGGUCCUCUCCCAGAAAACUUGCAGUCAUUCACUCCCCAAGGCCUUCUCUGCCUCAAAAGGUUAAAUCUAUUUAGUGGCCCGUGUUUGAAGUCUGUGCAGCUACAUUCCUGUACGGCCUUGGAGUUCUUGCGAAUCGCAUGUUGUGUCCAGCUGGCUGCACUGGAGGGCUUGCAGUUUCUCAGCUCUCUCCGAAGCUUGUGGAUGGAGAUGAAUCCCGAGCUGUCUUCUGCAUGGGAUCUCAAACUGCUGGAGCAAGAACAGGGUGGCAAUCAAAUUCAGCUGCUUCCUCCCUCACUUGUAGAACUUCGGAUCUGGAAGCUCACAGAUAGUGUCCUGUCCGGUCUCCUGUCCUGCCUUCCUGCCUUGACCAAAUUAGCAAUAUUGAUCAGUCCAGAAUUGACGUCUCUACAGUUGGCAUAUUGCACGGCACUGGAAGAGUUGGAAAUUGGAUAUAGCAAGUCGCUUCCAUCGAUCGAGGGGCUCCAGUUCUGUAGAAACCUGACAUCCUUGAAAGUAUUUAAGUCCCCUGACUCCAGUUCCUGUUUGGAGUAUGUGUCGCGCCAGCAAGGGGCCUCUGAGAUCUGGUCUCGACUGAAAACUCUUAACAUUAGUGACCCAUCAUCUGCCCUUUCCAAGCCCUUGUGCAAACAGCUCACAACUCUAAGAUGCCUAAACUUCACCUGUGGGGGUGAUAAACAGGGAGAGACCUUGGUGACCCUAACAGAAGAACAAGAGAGCGUGUUACAGCUUCUAACCUCACUCCAAAAACUUGUAUUUCAUAGCUUCCCGAAUCUCUUGUCACUUCCUGCAAACCUACAAAGCCUGACCUCCCUCAAGAUGUUAUCUAUCAAUCAUUGUCAGAGGAUCACAAGGCUUCCAGACAUGGGCCUUCCACCUUCACUUAGGUACCUUAAGUUAGUCAGUUGCAGUGAGGAGCUAGGUAUGCAAUGUAGAAUUGCAGCAACUAAAAAGCUAAGGGUCAAGAUUGAAUAUCUGAAAUAAUCAACAGUGUCUACUUCUAAGACAGAUUGCAGCCACCCGAGAUGUUGUACAUAUUGCUGAACUCGCUGUCACCACUCACCAACACAUUUUGUGCAAGUGCCAUUCAACCCUUAUUUGGCUUUCCACGAGCUACUUUAGUCGCAUGUGGGAUGGAGCCAGAAACCAUGGUCGAAAGUGGCUAGUCUUUUUGGUUUACCAGGGGCAUUGUGACCAUUCACUCAUUCUUGUGUCUUUUCUAGUUGGUGGCUGCCUUUGAUCUAUGCUGUAGAGCAAGCCUUACCAUGUGUUGUUGCAUUGCUCUAGGUUUGUUAUUCAGUAAAACAAUGCAGUCGAUCGCUGGAACCGACCUCACACAGGAUGCUUAAUGUUAUCAUAUUACAUUGGUCAACCAGGACUACUUGAUGAGUGAUGACCACACAUUAAUUUGUUGGUUGUCUGGCUGUACCAUUUCAGGCACAAGCAGCAUUAGAGCUUUCACGUCCCUAACACAAGUUAGGUACUGUUAUACAUUGUCAACCCUUGAUGACAUCCUAACACAAGAACACCUACCUGCUAUUGAGAAAAUUGAAGUCAGAUGUUGUCCCAAGUUAUUGUCCCUGCCAGGUGAAAGGUUUGCGAGUUUCUCUUAUCUUAAACAUCUGGCGGUUUAUGAAUGCCCAAGUAUCAACUGGCAAAUGGGGUUGGUGUUGCCAGCAUGUCUCCUAAGUCUGCACUUAAGGAAAUGUGGGGAUAUCUCUGCAUAUAUUCCGAGCUGCCUAGAGAACCUCGCAUCCCUUGUCUCACUGAGAAUUGGUGGCCAUGGUAUAACAUCAAUUUCUGGCGACAUUUGGUGCAGUAAUCUUGCAUCACUUGAGGUGUUGGAGAUCAAGGAUUGUCGAGACCUAGAUUCAAUUGGUGGAGUAAAGGCAGUUGCAAACAUAAAGGAGGUGCUAAUAUCCGGCUGUCCAAAUUUAGAGGAAGUGGAGCAGAUGGACACAAGAUACCGCCAAAGGUGAGGAAAUAUCAGGCAAGCAUGCAGGAACCCGAGGACAACUAAGACAUCGUGCUUUGUCUUGCCUGAACUAGAGAAGCCUACUUAAUGAACAUUUCUGAAGUGAGGAAAAACAAUUUGGUUUGGUUUGCAGGGUUCAGACUAGUCUUUGGUAUUUGUUUCAGUUUGAAACUACAACAAAGUAGAAUGAAUUGCCUUUGUAGGAAGAAGCGCGUUUCAAGUUUCACAAGUAGCUAGCCCAAAGUUUGACGUCAGACCUUGAAUGGCUCAUAUUUUGACGCCUCUGAUGAUCAUUUCAAGCUGUUGCGCAAAGUUGGUUGGGCUUAACUUUUACUAUAUCUGAUGGCUGCUGGAAAAAGAUCUGCUGCACUGCAGUUGUGAGCCGGAUGCAUGAUGCUAACUAGGAUUAGCUUGAAAUUUUUGAAACAAUGAACCCUGCCUGCAAUCAAUUCAGA